AUGCCACCAGUGAUUACUACGAUAAAACCGGCGACAAUAAGAACCUGCGGUCGUCAAGCAAUUACUCCAUCAUCUCAGCGCAUUGUUGGUGGUGUUGAAGCCAUUGCUCAUUCUUGGCCUUGGAUUGUUUCUUUGCAAUCACGUGAUCAUUUCUGUGGUGGCACACUAAUUGAUAAUCGGCACGUACUCACGGCCGCGCAUUGCAUAGACUCGACAAAUUUUCGAGUCAUUGCUGGCUUACAUCAGCGAACCAAUGUUAAUGGACCGCGCUCGCAAAAUCUCGGUGUUUUGCGCGUCUUCCUCCACGAACAAUAUAAUUCAAAAACUGAAGCCAACGAUAUUGCACUGGUUCGUCUCGCACAACCAGCACAAUUCAAUGACUAUGUCAAUGCGAUUUGUUUACCCGGACCUAAUCCUCAGGAAUCUCAACGCGUUACAGUGGCUGGCUGGGGUCUUCUAUCAUCAGGUGGGAGCAGCGCUCCUUCACUUCGUCAGGUCUCUGUCAGUGUGAUGAAUACUCAAGCAGAAAAAGCUUAUGGGAAUGUAUUCGAUGUGCAACGACAGAUCGGUGCCGGUAUUCCAAACAUUGGCGGAAAGGAUAGUUGUCAAGGUGACAGUGGUGGCCCAUUGAUGUACAAUGUAAAUAAUUACUGGUACCUUUCCGGUGUGGUUAGUUUCGGAGACGGUUGUGGUUCUGCAAAAUACCCGGGUAUUUACACUCGUACGAGUGCAUAUCUCAAUUGGAUUCAGAGUAAAAUUAAUACUGCUUGA